AUGCUUGCUGGCUUUCUUUUGUUUGGUGGCUGGACUACUUUAUUGUCCACAGAGCCAUUUCUUCCAAGAGCUUCAUCGACGUUGGCAUUCAACCCGAACUCUACGGCCACACCCCCCAUCUGCAUCGCGUACGAUCCAUUGGUAUUUGAUCCGCCAGCAUCGAAACCAGUCGACGAGCCGUUAACGGCUAUAAUCUACCGAUUGAUCGCCUCCACACGCAACGCACUUCAAGCAAACGCAUCUAAAUCAGGAGAAGAGCUUCGUUCCAAAGGGCUCUUUGGAGCACUCGACUUUGCUUUUGAUCUGUCCUUUUGGACGGUGAUCAUCGCGGUUCUGCUUACCGCGUCUAUCUUACGCAUCAGAGACUCGCCACGUCCGUGGGCGAGUAGACAUCAAACAUCCCUCGGAAACGUUUUGCAAUUUCUGGGCGUCCUUUUUUGCGCCAGCCGCAAGUUUGAAGGCCGCCAUUCACUGGUGUUGGUUUUUGUCAUGGUUGCGUUUGACCUGUUUCAGCACGCGGUCGGCUGUACGCCGUUCGACGCUAUCGUUGGCGGCGAAUCACAUCAUUUACCCCAGCAAACAUCGCCUUCUGAAACCCCAGAUACCGAGACCCGCACAACAUCUGCCAACGCAAGUGCCGCAAUUACCGGAACCAGAAACCUCAUACCUGCCUUAGCGCAAAGGUCAAGCACAUCCGACACAAGCCUAAUAACUUUUGACGCCAAAGAUAGAGAAAUUGUGCGAUUGCAACGCUCCCUCUCAGAAUUAAAGACUGCCCACAAAGCCACCGAAACCCAGCUUCGUAUUUCAAAGGAGGAACUCUUUAAUGCGCGCGAGACACUUAAUGGGACAUUUGCCGAGUAUGCCAACCUACGCGAGGAACUGAAGAUCAUCAAGCAGAAUCUAGGAAGGGACCACCAAGCCAUUGUAUACCGGAAAGACAUUGAACUCUUUGCACUCCGCAAAGGCAACGAGCAAAAGGACGCGUGCAUUAAGGAGCGUGACGCCAGGUUAGAAGAGAUGGCUCGGCAACACAAGGCCAAGAUAGAGGUAAGGGAUGCCCAGUUGAGGCUGAUGAAGGAGCGAAUCAUCUCAAUAGAACGACAAGCGGACCUGGGACUUUGCGAUGAGGCGGAUGAAGGCGACCAUGCGCUUGAGGUACGAUUACUGCGAGUUCGAAAGGGUCGAGAUUCGAAAGGUGGAGAGGAAGACAAGGACCUUAUCAUCGCCAAACUCCAAGACCAACUAGCUGCCAUUGCGAAACCCAACGAGUAUGUUGUCAAUCAUCAAGCCGAGUUAUCAAGGGCAUGGGAUGUGGCGAAGAAGACAAAGAAGGCCCUCAAGGAGGAGCGCGAAAGACACGUUCAGACACAGGAAAAGCUAGAGGAGAUGACUAUCAGGCUUGCAGAAGCAGACUCACAAUCUGAAAGCCGAGGAAGCCCUCUACCCGGUCGCUUACCCACGAUCAAUGAGAACGAUCACGACAAGAAUGAGCUUGAGGCCAUGUUUGAUACCACCCAAGAAGAAAACCUUCGGCUUUAUGCGGAAGUGACGGCCCUCGAAAAGCGGCUAGCUGACGCAAACACACGAAUGUUUGCUGCUAUCCGAGAAUCUGAAGCGUUCCGAGAGCAGUACAAAUCGGAGCAACCCGUCAAUGAAGAUGCGAAGACUGUGCGCCCAAGUCUGGUCCAUCACGUACAUUUCCAGCGCAUGGAAGAUCAACUGGUCGAACUCCGACGCACGCUCAAAGUCAAAGAAGAAGAGGCGAAAAGGUUUAGGAAAACAAUUGCGGACAAGGAUCAGCAUAUCAAGGAGAUACAAGGAGAGCUUGAUGCCGCCGCUACCUUCCACACUCAAGACCAAGAUGAGAUCGAGCGUCUGAAGCAGUCCAUCGCAGAGCUCCAAGCUACGAAAUACCAACUCAUGCUCGACCGUGAGCGACUUGUGACGCAUCGUCCUCGCCAACGGGUGCUUUCAACGGAGCGUACUGAACGCACAUCCGCCCGUUCUAGUGGCGCAACUCUGAUUCAAGAAAUGAGCCCGCCAUCAUCAACGCCCUCGGAAGAUAACAGCUCUACACCAGUACCCCAAGAGGUCGAAGUCCAAGAACGUGAAGGAAGCAUCCAACAAACACCAGUGCGACAUGUCCGGGGCAAGCGUUCGGUAAAGAGCAUCAACACGCGCUGGAACCUGAUGUCCCAAGACCUGCCACCCCCCGAGCUCCGAGCUGCAAAAGGCACGCGCAGCAAAAGCGCAAGUUUCAAAGAUGUAAUGCAAAAAAUGGUGGGGUCCAAAACACAAGACUCAGUCAUCCGCCGCGUCCUCGUCCCAAAGGACAAGAAUGCCGCCACGCCACGCCCCUCAACCUCUGCUUCCAUCAAACCCCCAAAGCCCAUAGAGCGGUCUUCAACGACGACCCCACCCGCUACCUCUCCUGUUCCUCAAAACCUGAGCGUCCCCACCAAACCAAAACGCACAAGUCUGACACAGCAACAACGGUACUACGCCGCGCGCGAUGCGUCGAUUAUGGCAACCCCAGCCGCGUCGGUAAGGCCGCAUACGGCAAAUGAGGUUGAAGGACAGAGGCCGAAGAGUAGGUAUAGUUGGGGUGCUACAAGAAAACUGAAGCGGAGGUCGCUUAUGUGA